CAAUGCAGGAGAAGCUGGCUGAGGCCAUUUUGAAGGAAUCUCAAUGUAGUUCAGAGCCAGAGUUUAGUGAUACAAGCACAGAGGAAGAUGAAGGGGCCUCAGUGAAGACCCAACAGGAUGGCCAAGAAACCGAAAUGGCUGAAAUCACUUCGCCACAACCAUCAAAUACACCGGAUGACAUUCUGGAUGAAAGUGAAGCCAACACACAGGAAGUUGUGUGUGAGGAAAGGGCGCAUGAUAAUGUUGUGAAGUGUCAGCCUGCAGAAGAGACAAAUGCACAGGAACCGAAUUUCCACACAGAAGAAGAAGUACAAGAAAUAGAUGAGACUCAGGAGGGAGCAGAAAGUUUAGACAGGGCGAAAGAACAAAGUGAGAGUACAAAUGAGGCUGAACAACAAGAUAAAAGAGAAGAAGUAAAAACUGAAACUGAGGAGGCAGAGGAGAAAGUUAUGGAUGGAGAUGAUACAAAUGCAGAGGUUAAUACAGAGUCUAAAAAAGACAAAGAAUCAUUAGUACAAGAACCAGAGACACAUGCUGAAACGUUGGACACUGGAAAUACAGACACUGAGGUUUCAGAGAUGGAGGGAGAGGGUCAGGCAUCUCAGACAGAGAAUGGUACAGAAACAGGUGCAGGUGACACUGAGAGGCAGCGAGAUGCUGAUGACGUAGAUCAGAACAUAGAGAGGAGGAGCGAUGGACGGACAGACAGAGAUGAAAGAGAAGACCUAGCAGAUGAGGCUGGGGUUGAUAGGUCAACUGGGGAAAUGGUACAGGAGACAGAUGACAAGGUUGAUGAUGGUAAGGUGGAAGAUGGAGAAAAAUCUAGUGAAGAUAAGGCAGAGGAAGAAGCUGCAGAAAAGCUAGAGGUUCAGAAUAGAAGUGAAAGUCUGGGAAAAAAGGAGACAGAGAAACCUGGGGAUGAAGAGACCCAAGAUGGUGAGAAAGAAAAUGAGUUAGAGGGUGGCGACAAUUUAAAUGCAGAAGAGAAAGAAAAUGAGGACAGUACAGAAAAAUUUGAAGAUGGUGUGAAUGAUGAACAUAAAGAAGGUGAAGCUGAAGAACUGUCUAGUGAGGCUGGGAAUAGACAAAAUGAGUCAGAGGAUGUUCAAGAUGUAAGGACACAGGGUAAUGAUAAAGAGGAUGAUGAACAGAACGAAACAGAAGAUGAACAGGUUAGAAACAAACUUAGUGUUGAGGCAGAGGAAGAAGGGCAAGAGAAGCCAAACGGUGAGGAUGAUAAUGGAGGAGAAACCGAAAAAGUGAAAGACAAAACAAUGGAAGAUGGGGCUCAGAAAGCGGAAGAAGAAGCAGAGAUGGAGGACCAGAAGAUAGAUGAGGUGGCAGAGGGAGCAGAUGGAAAUUGUGUAGAGAAUGAGCUAGAAACGGGUGAAAAGUUGGUAGAAGAACCAAAGAAAGAGGUGACAGAUAUGAACAAAAUUAGUGAGAAUACUUUAGAGGCAGGGGAUGGAAAAGAAGAGGCCGUUUCUGAUGAAAAUACAGCCCAAAAACUAGAGGUCAACUUUGAGAACCAAAAUGAAGAAUCCGUUUCACAGGAAGAACAAAAUGAAGUAGGUUCGAGGGGGGCACCCGAUGAUGACACAGAGGCCAGUACCAAGGAAGAAGUGGAUGAACCUGCUGGGGUGAAUAAUGACCUGCUAGAUGCUGAAAAUGGAGAGAGACAAGACGUCAGUCUUGAGGAGGCUGAGAAGGUAGAAGAAUAUCUCCAAGAGGAAACGCAAGGUAAAUCAGAGGGUGAGACAACUGGUGAUAGGGCUCAAGAAGUUAUAGAUGAUAAUGAAAAGCCAGAAACUGAUAAAGAUGUGAAAGAAGAAGAAAAACAUGAUGACAACGAGCAAGAGAUUGAAAACAAGUCAGAUGCUGAACUUGUUCCCUCAGAAAAAGAGUCUCAAUUGGGUGAUGAACAUGAGGACCAGGCCAGUGACAAUCAAAAAGCAGACAAAGAAGAGGCUGAUAAAGAAUCAGAAACAUCUGCAACAACGUUCAUAGAAAACGUAACCGCUCAGAGAACACAGGAGACAAUCAAUAAGGAUACAGAAAAUGACAUUGUCUCGGCAGAUGCCGAAGCACAAGAACCAAAUGAGUCAGAACUGAAAGGUACUGACAAUGAACUGAGAAGUAGAGAUGCUCCUGAAGUAAUGGAUGGUGAUCCAGUGGAACCUUUGGAGAGGAAAGUGAAUUCUGUAAAUAAUGAUGGUGGCUCAUCUGUUUCCCAUUCACUGAAAUCACAGCCUGUGGAGAAAGUCAAAGAUCCAGUUCUGAGCAUCGAUUCAGAAGAUCUGGCCAUUCAUUCAGAAGCUUUAACUAAAGCAGCUGGGGUGGAUCUAGUAAGUAACUGGAUUAACAUACACCAAGAAUCAAGGUAUUUUCAGACAUUUAUCGAGCCUCUUGAUGAAGAGGGUCUUAUCUCGGAAGAAACCGAGGAGAGGCUAAAUGGUGAAGUAAAUGCUACAGACGCACCAACAAGUACUGAUAUUGAGGGCCUUGAUGAAACACUCAAGAGUGGAGAUGAAAUUGCAACUCCUGCAAGGAAAAAUCUCAAUGAGAACACAGAGUCUGUAGUUGAAAGCUUGAAAACAGAGACCAAAGCUGAGGCCAUAGAAGCAGAUGCUCACAGUAAUCACUCCAAAGACAGCAUACAUACCUCAACCAAAGAUGAAAGAGUCCAGGAGGCUGGAGAUGCUAAAGGUUCUUUGAUCAUUGGAGUUAAAAUCAAAACUUGA